GACUAACAAUUAAUGUACGCGUAGAACUUUUUGUUUUGAGACUCUUUCACCAAAGUGAAGUCAUGUCGGACUCCUUCGCUGACAACGACGUCAGCCAUGAAGAAAGUCAGGAGGAUGACAUGACCCCGGCCCAAUUGAUCGCUAAGCUGGAGGACGCUUGGCUCAAUGAGAAGUUCUCACCAGAGCUGCUCGCAAACCAGUCCGAGGUGGUGGAGUGUGUCAUGGAGCAGCUCACUCACAUGGAAGAGAAUCUGCUGAGGGUGAAGAAAGGCGACGCCAAAGCCAGCAUCCAUCGCAUGGAGAUCGACCGCAUCCGCUUUGUGCUGUGCAGCUAUUUACGCUCCCGUCUGCAGAAGAUUGAAAAGUUCUUCCCUCAUGUACUUGAAAAAGAGAAGUCUCGCAGCGACGGAGAACCAUCGCUGCUUUCGCCUGAGGAGUUUGCCUUUGCCAAAGAAUAUGCUGCAAAUACAGAAAGCCACAUGAAGUCAGUGGCACUAACCCACAUGCCCCCCGUCUUGCAGACUCUGGACAUGCUUAAAGCAGUACCUGCACCCUGCAUGGACUCUUUUGUGUUCCUGCGGGUAAGGGAGAGACAAGAGAAUAUCUUAGUGGAGCCCGAAACAGACGAUCAAAGAGAGUACGCAGUGGAUCUUGAAGAGGGCUCUCAGCAUCUCAUGCGCUAUCGAACCAUCGCGCCACUGAUUUCAAGUGGAGCUGCACAGUUGAUUUAAGUGCUAAGGUGUGUCAGGUCCAUGGCGCCAUGGCCUCUAUGAGGCAAAAUAUGGACUAUUAAAUCUUCCUAGACACAAGCAAUGCAAAUGUCUUUAUAGCAAACCCUAUAAUUGCAGGUUUAUCUAAUCUUAAUCAUCCUAAUGAGGAGGUUGAUUAGAUUGUUUUUGCGCUGCACUGAAAUAAUUCAAAGGUGACAUGCAACAAUUCUCUAGUCAUUGUAGUCUUGUGGUUACUAGCGCACAUUACAGUAAGAGAAAACAGUUUGUUUACACUGCAGGCUUUAAAUUAUAUAAUCAAUUGCUGGUGGGGCUGAAGCUAUCGAUUACUUUAUUAAUUCAAUCAUUUAUUGAUUAGUUUGUCCGAUAAGUUGAGUAAUCGGAUAAAACACUUCAUAGUCUGAAUGUGGAUUUUAGAGAAACAUUUUUUUAAAAAUAAACAACACUUUUCUAACAUGUUUUUAAGUCAUCAACAUUGAAAUUGCACUUUGUGCAAAAAAAAACUAUCCGCUGAUCACCGCACCCACACACCAUCACUCUAAGGUGCACUUUGAUGCAGUGGCCACACAGAAACAAUGUUUGUGUAUUUAAAGUUCCGGGCCCUCAAUGUGGUGCGGAUGUCAUCAUUUUAUAUUAGUUACACUAAUUAAAUAAUUAUUCCAACCAACACAAUAUAAAUUUAAGCUUUUUUCUCAUCAAAUUGUUGCAACUUGCAGCAAAAAAAAUGCUUGAACACAUGCAACAAACAUGGUGCACUAUAUAUUUUGCCAUAAUGAUGAAAAGGUUGUAAAAGGAGGAUUGGGGCAUAAUAAGUAGAAGUAAUGGAGUGUCUGCAAUAGUUUUCGUAACAAAUCCUAUUAAAUUCCAAUGUUAUUAGGCCCUAUCUUUUCUGAUCUGCAGCGUCUCUGACUUAAUGUGUGUUUCAUGUCCGCCCUUCAAACUGUGUUGUCUU